GACCAUCAUCCUAGGGUUUCUGUUAUUUCAUCUUCAAAACCACAUCCUCAGGAAACCGCUGCAGUCUGCAGCUCACUCUCGACUCAUUUCCCACUCUAUUCUUCGAUCUCCGUCUUCCUGAUAGGAGAAGUUUCGACAUUCCUAUUGGGACCGAGCAUCAAUGGCGCUGGCGUUCGACGAGUUCGGCAGGCCGUUCAUUAUCAUAAAGGAGCAGGAGCAGAAGACGAGGCUUAGAGGCAUCGAUGCCCAGAAAGCCAACAUUUCCGCCGGAAAGGCUGUCUCUCGCAUCCUCCGGACCUCCCUCGGCCCCAAAGGCAUGGACAAGAUGCUCCAGAGCCCCGACGGAGACGUGACCAUCACAAAUGAUGGCGCAACCAUCUUGGAGCAGAUGGAUGUUGACAAUCAAAUUGCAAAGCUGAUGGUGGAAUUGUCACGCAGCCAGGAUUAUGAGAUUGGUGAUGGGACAACAGGAGUUGUUGUCCUGGCUGGGGCACUUCUAGAACAAGCUGAAAAGUUGUUAGAGCGUGGUAUUCAUCCUAUCCGUGUUGCUGAGGGAUAUGAAAUGGCAUCCAGGAUUGCAGUUGGACAUCUAGAGCGCAUUGCACACAAAUUUGAAUUUAGCCUGAAUGACAUCGAGCCUUUAGUACAAACUUGCAUGACCACAUUGUCUUCAAAGAUUGUGAAUAGAUGCAAGCGUAGCUUAGCUGAAAUUGCUGUUAGAGCAGUUCUAGCUGUUGCAGAUUUGGAGAGGAAGGAUGUUAACCUGGACUUGAUCAAAGUGGAGGGGAAAGUGGGUGGAAAGCUUGAAGAUACGGAGUUGAUAUAUGGCAUUGUUGUUGAUAAAGACAUGAGUCAUCCUCAAAUGCCCAAGCAAAUACAGGAUGCAAACAUUGCCAUCCUUACUUGCCCGUUUGAACCCCCUAAACCCAAGACCAAGCAUAAGGUUGACAUUGAUACUGUUGAGAAAUUUGAGACUUUGCGCUUGCAAGAGCAGAAGUAUUUUGAUGACAUGGUUCAGAAAUGCAAGGAUGUUGGUGCCACCUUGGUUAUUUGCCAGUGGGGAUUCGACGAUGAAGCAAAUCACUUGUUAAUGCAUAGGAAUUUACCUGCCGUUAGAUGGGUUGGUGGUGUGGAGCUGGAGCUGAUUGCAAUAGCCACAGGCGGGCGAAUUGUACCAAGAUUUCAAGAGUUGACCCCAGAGAAAUUAGGCAAGGCUGGACUGGUUCGAGAAAAAGCUUUUGGCACAACAAAAGAUCGGAUGAUAUAUAUUGAGCAUUGUGCAAAUUCACGGGCGGUGACAAUAUUCAUACGUGGCGGUAACAAAAUGGUGAUAGAGGAGACAAAGCGCAGCAUUCAUGACGCUUUGUGUGUUGCCAGAAAUCUUAUCCGGAACAACUCUAUAGUAUACGGGGGUGGGUCAGCUGAGAUCUCGUCAUCAAUUGCUGUGGAAGAAGCUGCUGAUAAAUAUCCAGGAGUUGAGCAGUAUGCCAUCAGGGCAUUUGCAGAUGCUUUAGAUGCUGUGCCUAUGGCCCUUGCUGAGAAUAGUGGCCUUCAACCAAUUGAAACACUCUCUGCUGUUAAAUCACAGCAAAUCCAGGAAAACAAUCCGUGUUGCGGGAUUGAUUGUAAUGAUGUUGGCACAAAUGACAUGCGUGCUCAAAACGUGUUCGAGACCUUGAUCGGGAAGCAACAGCAGGUUAUGCUUGCAACCCAAGUUGUCAAGAUGAUUCUGAAGAUUGAUGAUGUCAUCACCCCGGCCGAGUACUAGACGUUUUAUGUGGUCGAAGCAUGGUGGACGACGGUUUUAACGUUUGAACUUUUUGGUGGAGUUGAGUUUUGUUUUUUUUUCCGCCUUUCCUACAUCUAUGCUCCGACCUUCGCCUUUGUCCUGCGUAUUACAUUUAAUGUUUGUUCACAGUCUGUCUUAAUUAAGGUGUGGCUGUUUGGCUCUGAAUAAAGGACCGAUUUGUACUUUUGGGGUGGGUCCCAAUUAACCAUGUGCGUUGUGUUUGAGAUUUGACUUAUACGUGAUCCCCCCUCCCCCUCCCCCCAUUAUGAUUUAUGAUACCUUUGUCGAUCGUGU